AUCCAAUCACAGUCCUUAGAUGUUUCAACCCUUUCCUUGGCGAUUUUUUUCAACAAUACAGCAUUAUAUAACAGGUUAAACUUAAGCCAAGAGUCUCACUCCACUUUUACUCCUCUCGGUGCCUACUUUGAAUAUCUACUCUGAAAAGAAAGUGUAGCCAUGGGUGACACACCUGUGCUUCAUUAUUUCAAAGGAAGAGGGAAAAUGGAGUCAAUCCGCUGGCUUCUGGGAGCUGCAGGAGUUCAUUUUGAAGAGGUUUUUCUGACAACUCGUGAACAAUAUGAAAAACUUGUGGGUGAUGGAGAUCUCAUGUUUCAACAAGUGCCCUUGGUGGAGAUGGAUGGCAUGAAGCUUGUUCAGUCAAAGGCCAUACUGCAUUACAUCGCAGACAAGUACCAUUUUCAUGGAAAAGACCUGAAAGAGCGUGUCAAGAUCAACAUGUACUCAGAGGGACUGAUGGAUCUGAUGGAAAUGAUCAUGAUGUUGCCCUUUAUGAAAGAUCCCAAGCCAAAACUGGAGGAAAUUGAGACCAAAGCAAAAACACGCUACCUUCCCGUGUUUGAAAAGGUGUUGUCCGAAACAGUUUACCUGGUCGGAGGUAAACUGAGCAUGGCGGACGUCCUGCUGCUUGAAUGCACCCUGAUGCUGGAGGAGAAGUUCUGUGGCAUCCUCAAAGAUUUUGACUGCGUCAAGUCUUUCCAGGGAAGGAUGACGAAAUUUAACACCAUUAAGAAAUACCUGAUGCAAGACGGCAAACGGAAGCCACAGCCGGAUGAAAACUACGUAAAGACCGUCAUGGAGGUGUUCAACAUUCAAGCGCUGCCCUUAUAAAUUCAGUCACCUGGUUCAUUCCCUUUAUAGGUACAAACCAAUUGUAGUCUGUACUACACAUGAAUCGAUAUUUCCCCUUUAUACUGAUAUAAAAAUUGCGCUAUCAAUUAUUAAAUCGAAACCUGAGCAGAAUGAUAGGACUCAUCAUGAUUAGUAAUAUUUCAUGUUUGUAUUAAUGUGAAGGUUUUACUAAAUAAAUUAUCUAUUUUUGAGAAACA